AUGGCAUCCGGAGACGGCCCGGCCCUGCCUCACAGGAGCGUCUCCAACAUCCGAUCCGCUCCAGGCCAGCAAUCAACAUCCUCAGGGCCGCAUACACCGCCGCGCGCCAUCUCAGGCUCGUACGGCUCGCCGGCCACCAUCCGCGCAGACGAUGACUUCCUGCUCAUAGAAAUCGGGUCUCGGCAUAUUCGCGUGGGCUUUGCCGGAGACAACGUCCCCAAGGCCGUGCUGUCGAGCGGGCCGCGAGACCAGCGGCGCGCUGGCGACUUCAGUCAGUGGACCGAGUCAGAAGCGCCAGGAGCGCAUUGGGCAUCUGAUCAUGAAAUCUGGCGUUACGACCUGCGAGAUUUCGAUCUCGGUUUGUUCCAGGAUAAGCUGGAGAGAGUGUUGCGCGAUGCCUUCACCCGACUUCUGCUCAUUGACUCGCGGCCACGGCGAGCUGGCCUGGUGCUAGACUCUGCCGUCCCUAUACCGCUUUUAUCAGCCGUUCUCGAUGUUCUCUUUACCCAAUUCCAGGCACCGCUCAUCUCCUUGCUGGCUUCGCCAACAAUGACAACCGUUGCGGCAGGCGUCCGCUCAGCACUCGUCAUUGACAUGGGCUGGUCCGAAACUGUUGUCACGAGCGUCUACGAAUACCGUGAGGUCAAGUGCACGCGCAGUAUACGAGGAGGGAGGAGUCUUUUGAACAAAACCUACAAGUUAUUGCACAAAGUCAUCACUGGGAAGGAGGACGAGCAAGAAUCACGCGAGUCCGACCAUGUCAUCACCUUCUCCGAAUGCGAAGACAUCAUGUGUCGACUGAUGUGGUGCAGGGGCGCAGCAUACAAAUCAACACAAAGACAGUCGACGCAGCUGGACACUGUGGUAGAGCAAGACGAAACAGAGAUGGAUGCAUCUCACCCACGAGGAGACGCCAGGAUUCCGCUGCGGUCAGCCUCGCCGCCAGAGAACAUCGAAGUGUCGUUCGAGAAGCUGGCAGAUGUUUGCGACGACGCCAUGUUUGAUCCUUCGGCCAACCCAUCGUCCUUUGACGAUCAUGAGCUUCCUCUGCACUGGCUUGUGUAUCAGCAUCUACUUCAGCUACCACUCGACGUUAGAGCUGUUUGCAUGUCUCGCAUCAUGUUCACAGGUGGCUGCUCAAACAUCCUGGGCAUCAAGGAGCGGCUGGUCGAUGAGGUUGCCAGCAUCGUUGACAAACGCGGCUGGACUCCAGUCACCGGCAAGGGCGCCGAUCGCUUACGCAAUAGUACACAAAUUCGUCGCAGCAGUGCCAUCUCACGCUCUGUCGAGUCGCCCGCUCCUUCAGAGUCGAGCGACGAUACGGAGCGAUCCCGAUCCCGACCAAGCUCCAUCGCUACACAGACCGAAGAGGAUGCCAUUGAGGCAAAGCUAGCAAGGAAUCGGAAAGUCCUGCCCCAGUUCCAAGGACAGCUGCGCGUGCUUCACUCCCUGGGGCCUUGGACUGGUGCAAGCCUGCUAUGCCAACUCAAGAUUCCUGCCAUGGCGACCGUCGACAGGGAACUCUGGUUGCAACAGGGCGCUAGCGGAGCAUCGCGGGCCGGUGAUGUGGACAUGAAAAUGCAGCAGAGGCAAAGUAUGGGAGCCGGCGGUUUGAUAAGAGCAAGCGGUGGGCACCAUGUAAAUUGGACGUUGGGAACUUGGGGCUCUAUAUGA